AUGGCCCCUACUCUCAACGUGAAAGGCAGCGAAUCAGGGACUGCGCGCGUCCUGGGCUCCGGGACGUCAGGCGUCGCUGAGCUCUUGGUCUUCCACCCUGUGGACACCAUCGCGAAGCGGCUGAUGAGCAACAAGUCCAAGGUGUCGUUCUCCAGCCUCUCCCCGAUCAUCUUCAGGGAGCACGCCGCCGCGCCACUCGGCAAGAAGCUGCUGUCCUUGUUCCCUGGUCUUGGUUACGCCGCAGGCUACAAGGUUACCCAGCGGAUAUACAAGUACGGCGGACAGCCAUGGUUCAGUGAUAUCUUGUCGCGGAACUACAAGUCAAGCUUCACGAACGCGUUUGGUGAGAGGAAGGGCAAAAUGAUGCUGCAGGCGACUGCAGGCAGUCUGACCGGUAUCGGCGAAGUCGUCCUUCUGCCUCUCGAUGCUCUCAAAAUCAAGCGCCAAGUCAAUCCCGAGGCGUUCCGGGGACGAGGUGUCGUCCGCAUCUUCAUGGAGGAGGGCACCACACUCUACCGUGGUUGGGGUUGGACAAUGGCGCGGAAUGCUCCGGGUAGUUUCGCGCUGUUCGGUGCCUCAGCUGUGACGAAGGACUAUCUCUUCGACAUCCAGGACUACUCGAAGGCGACAUGGGGUCAAAACUUCGUCGCGUCUAUUGCUGGUGCUGUCGCGUCGAUAACAGUCGCUGCCCCUCUCGACACGAUUAAAACGCGGAUACAAAACGCCAACUUCGAGAGCAAGGUCAGCGGUGUUACCGUCGUGAAGGAACUCAUUCGCAACGAAGGCGCCAUGGCGUUGUUCAAGGGCCUGACACCCAAGAUUCUGGUCGUGGGCCCGAAGCUGGUUUUCAGCUACACGCUCGCGCAGUCGCUGAUCCCCAUGUUCGGCAAGUACGUAUGA